AUGCCUAAGCCUCAAUCUAAACGUUCUUCUUUACCUAAUCAUAUAAAAAGCCGCGGGGAAUUAAUUGCCUCACUUCAAGCACUGCUCGCCAACGACCAUAUUGACCUAGAGAUUCUCAGGUCCGGUGUCCCUUGGCCCAGCGCUACAGAGAUAGCUCAACUAUCACAUGUUUCCGAAAGCAAUGAGGAUGCACCAGUGGCAGCUUGUCACUCCUCAAACGAGCCAGUGGUAGUCGAUCCAGCUUUGGGUGAUGAUUCUCAUCAAGCCGACAUUGAUCUGGAUGCCAACUGGUUAAGUAAUCUCAUACCUUACAACGGCGAUGAGCUUUCUGAGCAACCAGACUCGUCGCUCUUUUGUUCGCCCCCCGAACGUAUGAGUGCCAGUGAUAGUAGCAACAACACCGACUACUUGUCACAUUUCUCGUCAAGCUCCACCUGUCAGUGGGACAGUCUGCUUGAUUCGAUCGGAUCUCAAACAUUUCAUGAUACAAUCAAUGUCCUAAGCCCGCAUUGCCAAGACUCUGAGGUAUCCCAACCCAGUAAUCUGGCUGAUUACACGCUGGGAGAGGGGCAGCCCGUAUCAACUGUGGUGCAGCCACAACACCCGGGCUCCACCGAGAGGGAAGAGAGCGUUAGCAGCAUAGCUUCAAGCCAGGUAUCACCUCGGAAGCGCCAGCGACCUCAUUAUGCAAUCGAAAAACGAUAUAGGGCAGGCCUGCAGGAGCGAUUUGAGGCGCUUCGGGACUGCGUUGCGUCGUUAAAGAAGACGCAGCACGAACAGCGACUCCCAGGGACAAAUGAGGAUCUAGCCGAGGGGGACGACGGGGGUAGCGUCAGUGACAGAGCUACCGUAGGGCGUAUGAAUAAGGCUGAAGUGCUGAACCAAGCAACUCUAUACAUCCGACAAUUGCAGGAAGAGAAUGAGGUUAUGAUGGAGUAUAUUAAGUUACUGAUAAAUCAGUUCCGUGUUAUGAAACAGGCAAUGCAGCAAGCCUUAAAAGUAGAUAUAAAUUAUUAG